CUGUUCUGUUCAUUCCCUCUGAAGCACCUGGCAUUGGCCAUUAUCAGAAGACAGGACACUGGGCUAGAUGGACCUUGGGUCUGAUCCAGUAUGGCUGUUAUGUUCUUAUGGAUCUUUCACUGGGGACUCUCAGCACUACCACACGAUAAAAUGUAUAACAAUGCUCUGAAGAAAAGCUCUGGAUUGAUCAGGAUCUGACCUGAGUUUUACCUCUUCAAAACACAGGAACUCCACUGCCCUGAUUCUGCCAUGAGAAAAUCCCUACUCUAAAGAUGUGGUCUUUAAAAGAGUGGGGGCAUAGAGUGAUCUCUGAGGUAAUAAACAACAUGGAAUUAGAAAGGCAAACAUCACAAAAGCAUGGUUGUAAAUGAACACACCGUAGCAUCCAGAUCCCGUGCACCAUUUCACAAAAGCCACAAGGUGGUGCUGCUCCAACAGUAAGCUGCAGAAGGAGAGAAAGCUGUUAUGAAAGGUGGCUUUGCCAGCAACCAGUGUUCCACAAUUGGAGGCACUAGUGGGCAGACGUGAAGAGUUACCCCUUGGCACACAUGCUUCAAGGUGGGGAUGUGGGGCUGGUUAAAUUCUCCUCACACUUGCCCUAUUUUAAACCCACAUAAAGCACCAGCCUGACAGCUCGGAAGACUGACGUUGCCAAGCUAGCUACAGAGCACAGACAGCAGCAAUGCAAGCUGCUUCUUGCCAGUGCGUCUUACUGCCCAACCCUUAGUUGGAGAGGCACUCUGAUCAGUUGGGCCUCUGAUCAGAGACUGUUGACAAGAGGCAAUUACAGUGCAGUACAUGAGGUGGACAAUUUUCCCCCAGGAAGUUGGCUGAAACUCAACAGCUACCAACUGACUAUCAGCUAUUUGGUCAACAUCAGCUUGGACUGGAUAGGAAUUCAUCACCAUUGGUCUAGCUUCCAUUCCUAAUUACCUGAACCAGCCAUUCUCCACUUGGUAAUUGUGACAGAAGAGUUUUUAAUUUGAAGACUCCUCUCGGCUUCCACAUGAGUAUCACAUAUUUGUUACUAUUCUCAUUAAUGGUGGCAAUGACUCCUUACAUCUCCAUAGCACCAGAGCUCACCAGCAUCCAUCAGCACUCUGCUGACGUCGUAUAUGAAUAAGGAUAGUUUCCCUCACCGCUGGGAUGCAGCUACGUCCUCAUAGCCGUUGUGCACCAGUAACUGGACAGAUCUCAUGAGAGAAAGUGAAGAAAUACUGAUUCAGUUGAAUAUUUGGAGGAAUUUGAGAUCAGCUGAGUGAACAUGGGGAAUAUGCGUAACAGAGGCUACCCUGUGUUUUAGCUAUAUCUUUUGGAUGGAAACAUAGUUGCUUCCAAGGAAUUCUGCUGUAAUUCACUGCAGCACUGAAGGCGUUAGGGCCCUGAGUUUUACACUGUCUCUGAAAACAUUUGAGCAUACAUAGAUUAGGGGGCCUUCAGGAAGCUCAGACUGACAGACUAUUGAGCAAUGGGAUCGUCUGCAAAGUGAUAAUAUGUGAACGUGAUCCUGACCUCGCCUCACUUAUUGUAGGGACAGUCUCUGUGCAAAACCCUCAAGCAUGAAGCGUGUUCCUGUGUGUGACUAUAAAGUGACCUGCUGAGUUAUGCUGCUCUGUCACUUUCAAUAUGCCACUGGGCUUCAUAAUCCCAAACGACUGAGAAAAAUGGGGAGGGCUGAUCCCUUACAAGGAGAAGCUGAUCUUUUUCCAUCACAUGGAUUGUCCACUAGAUCUGACCUUGGGUGAACCUUGAAGCUUGUUGAUGAGAUGGAAGCAGCAAGAUGGACAGGACAGGGAUAUAAAGGAAACAUUAAUCAUGCAUUCACAUGGCUGUUUGUUGUACUGGGUUUAAAUUUACACCCUAGGCAACUUUUAGAGGUGCCUUUCCCUGGGAAUUGCACACAACAUAGAGAUAACUCAGUCUGGAGAAAACUGCCUACCACAGAAACAACUUAUUCUGAACCCAGCAGCUCUUCGUUAUUGGCAAUGUUGCCCUGGCUACUGCAUUCACGUCACUCAUAAUAUUCUGGCUGUGCUGAAAGCCUCAGCAUUUCUGUCAUUCCAGCUUCAAACACAUGAAAAGCAGGAGACAGACAGAGCAAGAGGAGUGAAAUUUUAUCUACUAAAAGGACAACGUGGAUACAACGCUGGUAACUUCGGAAGAAAAGAUGUCCGGUGGGAUUUUCUCUCCUUUGGAAAACCUCUGCGACCUGGAUAAUGCCAACUGCCACCCUCUGGUAUGUUUCCUGUGCCAUGAGCAGUAUGAGCAUCCCUGCCUCCUGGACUGUUACCACAACUUCUGUGCCAGCUGCCUGCGAGGCCGGGCGAUAGACAGCCGCCUCACCUGCCCUCUCUGUGGUCAUCAGUCCAUAGUGAAAGGAAACAAUGGGCUCCCACCUGUAGACCGGCUCCUGAAGUUCCUGGUGGAUAGCUCUGCCGACUGCGAGGAGGAAGUUCAGUGUGCAAACUGCGAUCAGGAGUGCAAGAAACAGGAAAUGGACACCAUGUAUUUCUGCAACACCUGUAACCAGCCCCUCUGCAGCAAGUGUCGCGAAGAGACCCACAAAGCCAAGAUGUUCUCUCGCCACGAGAUUGUCUCCUUGACUAAGCGCACUAAAGACAUCCACAAGAAAUGCUCUCUUCACGAGGAACCUUACAUCAUGUUUUCAACAGAGAAAAAAUCCAUGCUCUGCAUUAACUGUUUCCGGGACAUGCAGGUAGAAAGCCGAGCCCACUGCAUUGACAUCGAGACUGCGUACAUGCAAGGCUGCGAGAAGCUCGACCAGGCUGUGAUGGCUGUGAAAGAGCUCCAGACGUCCACGCGAGAGGCCAUUGUCCUCCUCAAAGCCAUGAUUGAGGAGGUGCGCAACAGUGCAGAUGAGGAAAAGACAUCCAUCAACUCACUCUUCAGUAGCAUGCAGGAGAAACUAGCAGAAAGAAAAAAGAUGCUUCUGAAAGCUGUUCAGAGUCAGUAUGAAGAGAAGGAAAAGGCAUUUAAGGAGCAACUCUCCCACCUGGCAUCGCUGCUGCCCACCCUGCAGGUCCAUCUGGUCACCUGUUCUGCUUUUUUGAGCUCUGCGAACAAAGCCGAAUUCCUGGAUUUGGGAUACCAACUGAUGGAGAGGCUCCAGAAAAUAGUCAAACUUCCACAUCGCUUGAGACCUACACAGACGAGCAAGAUAAACACCGAGUACAGGGCUGAGUUUGCCCACUGCUUGGAGCCACUGCUGCUGCUGAAUCCACGCCGGUCUGUGGUGGUGAGCGGAGGCGGCAUUGGACCAGGGAUCAGCAAUGGAAACAUGCUCUCGGGUGGUCAGUGCUCCAAGACGCUGAUAGUGCCUGGCUGUUCCCCUUCCUGCGAUAAGAUGUCCAUCACAGGCUCCAUAGUUCGAAAGCCAACCAUGCAUCGUUACAUCAGCACCAAGGUCCUGCUGGCCGAAGGAGGGGAGACGCCCUUCACUGAGCACUGUCGCAACUAUGAGAACAUGUAUCGGACCCUGCAAACAGAGAUUCAGAACCUGAAGGAUCAGGUACAGGAGCUGCAUCGUGACCUCACAAAGCAUCACUCCCUCAUCAAGACGGAGAUCAUGAGUGAGAUCCUACAGAAAUCCCUCCAGAUGGAUGUGCAGAUUGCCUCGGAGUAUUCGUCUGUGGAAAUGAUGCGGAGCAUGUUUGAAGAGAUUUGGGAGGAAACAUAUCAGAGGGUGGCAAAUGAGCAGGAAAUUUAUGAAGCACAGUUACAUGACCUGUUGCAGCUGAAACAAGAAAACAGCUACCUGACAACCAUCACCAAACAGAUUGCCCCCUAUGUCCGCUCCAUAGCGAAGGUGAAGGAACGGCUGGAGCCCAGACUACAAGAACCCAGGGAACUGAAGGAUGACCAGACAGAGAAUCUGCUCAAAAUUUACGAUGACAGCACAGUGACCAGCGACACACCACACAGGAACGACUUGACAAGAAGCAUGGAAGACAACAGGGAGCCCAAAGUGGACAACCGAAUGCUGAACAUUGUCACUGAGGAUCCCCUACUGAAAGACACUUACAAAACCAAACAAAAAGGUGGGACAGAGAGUCCCAGCCAGAAAGAUUUUGCAGCUUAGGCAAGGCAGAGUGCCAAGAAGCUGCACUGCUUUGCAUUUCAUAUAUACAAACAAGACUUAAAUAGAAGUUUCUCGAGUACCUUUAUGGUUGAGUCAGGCUGGUAUUACAGAGGAGCUAUCCAUUGAAAUAGACUUGACCAGAUGGGAAGGACCAGCAUUUCCAAAUUUAGUUUGAUGAAAUUGAGUCUUGAAAUGCAGACUAAGGCUUCACCAAUUCAGUGAAUCUAAAUACUGUUCUCAUUACAUUAUCAGAUGGUUUUUAAUCAGUUAUGGUCUGAUUUCCCAGGCCAAUUUCUUUGGCUGUUUGUAUUUUCAACAGGGUUAUAUUGUAUUUUUCUGUAUCAAUAAAUUCAAACCUCUAUUCAGCAGAGAAGUCCAGUAUCUCUCGAGUCAGAACUCUUCGGUGGGCCCCAAUUGUUAUUGGAAUUGGUCUCCUUUCUCCUUCAUGUGGAAACUUUGAAAAAACAAAUAUUGAUACUAUUUCACACCUGAAAUCCCUUACCUCAGCUGCUCAAAGCGAACUGUAAGCUCUUGGUGGUGUACCUAGAAACAUGGAGGAUUAUAAGCCUAAUUUUGACAUUGAUAGCACAAUGUAUUUUAAAUGCAUGAAAACAGCUAGCUCUAUGUAAGUUUUAUUCGCACUACCCCUACUCCCUGCCCUGACAACUUAUUUAAAAGCCUAGCUAAGUAAACAAUGUAUUCUUUAUUAAAGUGGAAUGUAGCUAUUUCCUCAAAAAGAAAGUCACCUUGCAUAGCCUUGAAGCUGGGUUUUGGGGCGGAUUAUGGUUUUAGGGCAGUUAUUUUGGGGAGGACUUGUUUUUAAACACUUCUGCACUUUAGUGUAAUGAGAUCAGUAGGACAACAAUGUUUUCUUGAGGUUUUUAUGCUGUAGAUUUUUCAGAAGUCUUGUUUUCCAUAUGAGAUGUACACAGCUUUGUAUAUUAAAAAUCUGAAAAAAUAAAAUAUCAGUUCUUGAUACUUCA